ACAUCAAAUAUCAAUAUAAACUGUAGAUAUAAGUGAGUCGUUUUCAUUUAGUUUCACACCCUCCCUCUACAGGUUGACAGACAGGAGAUACCCUUUCUAUAGGGAGAGUGAUAUGAUGAUCCUGUCUAAAUUCUGGGUGCUCAUCUAUUUAUGUAUUUUUACUUGUAAUGGAUUUUUAAAUCCUGUGGCGGCUGCUUACCAAUGCAAAAAAGGUGAGAGGAUAAGUAGGUCUAGACAUAACAAGGAACUGUGUGAACCGUGCCCUGACGAGUCCUUCCAGGCAGUACCAAAUGAAUCUCAGCAAUGUCAACCCUGCCACUCCUGCGUUGAGGACACUGGGAGUGAGGUAAUAUCAAAGUGCUCAAAGACUUCUGAUGUUAUAUGUCAGUGUCGUAGAGGAUUCACUAACAGGGUCAAAGACUCUUCGCGAUGCAAGUGUGCCACGGGUUCUGGGCUGGAUACAUCAGGAAUAAUACCAGUAUGCCGUGAAUGUGAGCAUGGAUUCUUUACUACCGGCAUGGACUCUACAUGUGCGAAAUGGCGAGAAUGUAGGAGUGGAGUGAAGAUUCCGGGCACUACGAUGUCAGAUGUGAUCUGUAAUGAAGAGUCCGAGCCAGAGGGGAAGACCCUCCCAUCCAUGCAGCCCACUUCCCCCUCUGGCUCUAUCCAGACCUUAUCUAAGUCAUUGAUCCAGAACCAGAGCCAAGGGUCAUCUCCUCAUCCCAAUGUCCCCACUGUAACACCAGCCCUCACUGGUCACAAGUCCUCAACGGCAGACUACAGCCAAGUUAUGACACUCAUUGGAAUUGUCCUGCUGCUUACUUUUCUACUUACCGCUGUGACCUACAACCUGGUCAUCAUUCCUUGCAUCAACAACUACAAGAACCCGGUUGUCAGAACAGCUCAGGACUCAAUGUGCCGGAGGCCAGUUGAAGAAAGUGGGGACAGCAGUCUCUCUUCCCUGGUAAAACCACCAAGCUUGGGGGAGCCAUGAAGAAAAUACCUGUCUGUCUGUCUGUCAAAAUGCUGUAGUUAUUCUCAAUGAUACUCAGAAUAAAUGUAUUUUAAACCAGAAACAACUUCAAACACCUGUUUGAACAUUUUAAAAUGCGGUCAAUAUUUGAUUCCCAUGUAAUCUCUUAUUAUGGAAAAGCAUGCCUCCUUAUCAACAAAAUGGUUGUUCUUUGCUGCUCUGGGAGAUCUGCAUGAUGUUAUUUUCACAAAUGGGCUACUGACAAACUUCUGAGAAGUAGGCCUACUACUUCCUUCCUGUGUCUGGUUAAGAUUUAGAGGAAAGAUAAUGUGAUAAUAUUGCCAGUCUGGCAAAAUAAUGUGAAAUAUUGUACAAUGUGUAUUGUGUUAAAUGUGGUUGUCUUUUAUGUCUUUGCAAAUAAAACCUUUUAACAUUU